CGGAGCGCGCGCCGCAUGGCGGAAGCGGAAGGGCGUUCUCUGCUCUUGUUGCCGCCGCCGCCGCCACCCCCGCCCAGGAUGGCGGAAGUGGAGGCGCCGACGGCGGCCGAGACGGACAUGAAGCAGUAUCACGGGUCCGGCGGCGUCGCCAUGGAUGUGGAGCGGAGUCGCUUCCCCUACUGCGUGGUGUGGACGCCCAUCCCGGUGCUCACGUGGUUUUUCCCCAUCAUCGGCCACAUGGGCAUCUGCACAUCCACAGGAGUCAUUCGGGACUUCGCGGGCCCCUACUUUGUCUCGGAGGACAAUAUGGCCUUUGGAAAGCCUGCCAAGUACUGGAAGUUGGACCCUGCUCAGGUCUAUGCUAGCGGGCCCAACGCAUGGGACACGGCUGUGCACGACGCCUCUGAGGAGUACAAGCACCGCAUGCACAAUCUCUGCUGUGACAACUGCCACUCGCACGUGGCAUUGGCCCUGAAUCUGAUGCGCUACAACAACAGCACCAACUGGAAUAUGGUGACGCUCUGCUUCUUCUGCCUGCUUUAUGGGAAGUACGUCAGCGUUGGGGCCUUCGUGAAGACCUGGCUGCCCUUCAUCCUUCUCCUGGGCAUCAUCCUCACCGUCAGCCUGGUCUUUAACCUCCGGUGAUGGCUGCUCGGUGGCCCCACACCCACCAGGGUCCCAAGGAAACAGCCGCCAUCCCUUUUGGUUCCAGAUUUUUUUCCCCUCACCCCAAAAGGCAGGGUUGGGCCUGUUGUUGUGGACCAGGGGUCGGGGCUGGCUGGAUGGAAGGGCUGAGGACCAGCAUGAGGUGGGGGUUUGUUGUCUCUCUGCCUCUCAGAAGCACCCUGUCCCCUCCUCCCCAGGCCUGUGACUCCGGCCCCGGAAGCCCCUUUGUUCUUGUGUUGAAAGGCUUUGGCUUCCCUCUGUAGAGCUGCUCCCGCCACUGCCUGCUGGGGUCCUGCCUCAGCCCAGUGCCCAGUACGGGGAGAGGAGGACAUUUGGGCUCACCUGUCAAGGUGACCCUGGGACCAGAGCUGGAUUGGGAUCCUGUCUUUCUGCAUUAGCUCUGGUCCCAGCAUGGGGUGGGGUACACUUACGUGUCUCUAUAAGCCAAGCUGCUUCAGGACCUUCACCACUGGCCUCUAGAACGGUCCAGAGGGGCUGGCUGGGUCCCUUUGUCAGACUUCCGCCGGCAGCUGCCCUGGGGGACAUGUGUGCCCAUCUGGCGUCCUCCAGCCCGUGCAGUCCACUCUUCAUUGUCUCACGGCCUUCCAGUGCCUCCCAGCAUUGGACCCAUCUCCCCCUGCCGUUUGAGGCCAGAGAGGUGAGUGGACCUGACAAGUGCCAGAGUAACGGUGUAGACAGAGCAGUGUAGACAGCACUCAGCCCCAGCCCCAGGUGUGGACCUCACACUGGUGAUGGCUCCCCUGGGUGGCCUGCCAGCACAGCCAGUGCCAUCGGGGAGCUGAAGGGGCUGUCCCCCACCUAACUCCAGCUCCCCCUUUCUUCAUGUUGUCAGCAAGGCCCUGUGCCGCCCGCCUCGCGCCCCCUGCUCUGUGGAUUCCUUUGGGAAGGGCUCCCUGGGCAGGACAAUAAAGAGUUUUGAUUCCA